AACUAAAGCAUGCCCAUAAGCCAUUGAAUGCUCUCUCUCCUUUCUUCUCUCCUCAGAGCAUCAAUGGCUGUGUUUGUGGUAGUACUAGUCUGUGUGCUCUUUGUCCUCUGUUUCUGCUCUGCUUUGCUAAGAUGGAAUGAGGUGAGGUACAGGAAGAAGGGUCUCCCUCCAGGCACAAUGGGCUGGCCAGUCUUUGGGGAAACCACAGAGUUCCUCAAGCAAGGCCCUAGCUUCAUGAAGAACCAGAGAGCUAGGUAUGGUAGUUUUUUCAAAUCCCACAUACUUGGGUGUCCUACUGUGGUUUCCAUGGAUCCAGAGGUGAACAGAUACAUCCUAAUGAACGAAGCUAAAGGCCUCGUUCCAGGGUACCCUCAAUCGAUGUUGGAUAUUUUGGGCAAGUGUAACAUUGCAGCUGUUCAUGGUUCCACUCACAAGUACAUGAGAGGGGCAUUACUUGCCCUCAUUAGCCCAACCAUGAUCAGAGACCAGAUUUUACCCAAGAUUGAUGACUUCAUGAGAGCCCACCUCAGUGGUUGGGGGAACCAAGUCAUCAACAUCCAAGAAAAAACCAAACAGAUGGCUCUUCUUUCGUCGCUUAAACAGAUUGCAGGCAUUGAAUCAAGCUCCAUUUCCCAGGCAUUCAAAACCGAGUUCUUCAAGCUUGUGUUGGGAACUCUCUCAUUGCCUAUUGAUCUUCCUGGCACAAAUUAUCGCCGUGGAUUUCAGGCGAGGAAGAACAUUGUUAGCAUGUUGAAGCAGCUGAUAGAGGAUAGAAGAGCUUCUUCAGAGGAAGUCCACCAUGACAUGCUUGGUGGACUGAUGAGAAGUGAUGAUCAAAACAGAUACAAACUCACUGAUGAAGAAAUAAUCGAUCACAUCAUCACGAUCAUGUAUUCGGGCUAUGAGACUGUUUCGACGACAUCAAUGAUGGCGGUUAAGUACCUUCAUGAUCAUCCGAAAGCGCUUGAAGAACUCAGAAAAGAACAUUUGGCAAUCAGAGCCAGAAAAAUGCCCGAGGAUCCCAUUGACUGGAAUGACCUGAAAUCUAUGCGCUUUACUCGUGCGGUGAUAUUUGAGACCUCAAGAUUAGCUACUAUUGUAAAUGGGGUUUUGAGGAAAACAACUCAGGAUAUGGAACUAAAUGGGUUCUUGAUACCAAAAGGAUGGAGAAUCUAUGUUUAUACAAGAGAGACUAACUACGAUUCGUUUACGUACCCUGAUCCAUUAACCUUCAAUCCAUGGAGAUGGAUGGAUAAGUGCACGGAAAAUAACUCCUUUAUAUUUGGGGGAGGCACUAGGCUGUGUCCAGGAAAGGAGUUGGGAAUAGCAGAAAUUUCCACAUUCCUACACUACUUUGUAACUAGAUACAGAUGGGAAGAAGUUGGGGGAGAUAAACUGAUGAAGUUUCCAAGAGUAGAGGCACCAAAUGGACUGCACAUUAGGGUUUCUAAUCUGACUAACUAGUGUGUAUAAACAAGUAGUAUAUAGCAGCAGCAAAUCAGAGAGGGAGAGAAAAUUUUAAGAUGGUGUAUGAUAACGUGCUAACAAAUUAGAAAAUCAAU